AAUUGUUUUUUAACAUCAUAUUUGCAUAAAAAACGUAAUAAAAAAUAUGUUUGCAGAAACUUGCCUGAGUCAUGACGUUUUUAGAAUUUAUAUUCAAAUUGAAAAUAUAUUUAUUUUCUCAGGUGAAGAUUUAGGGUGUAAAUAAUAUUGUUUUCCAUGUUGCUUAUUGUUCUGCUGCUGUGGGUCGAUGGGGUGCGCGGUAACCACUUAACUAAUGGCUCAUUAGCUAGGCAUAUUGCUAAUAACAAAAGAAGACCAAACAAAGAUCAUCUUCUGUUCCGGCUGCGCAGCCAACUGAUGGAGGACAACUACGACUACGAGCCGAGAGAUGACAGCGUAGAGAAGGUGGAGACGGCUCUGCGCGCGCUGCCCGCGGAGGACGACCACGAUGAGAGGGACAACCACAUCAGCAAGGAAGAGGCCAAGAAAGACGACUCAGAGUUGAGCGACUUUUCAGUAGACCGCAAUGUGCUCAAUGGCUACCUGUCGGACCUCCACGGCAGCGGCUCCGAGCGCAGCGACCUGGAGCGUGACGUCACCAGCACUCCUGACUUCACGCCGGAUGCGGCGGAAACGCCCAGAGACGAGUGGAUCGAGGUGAUAAAGUCGUUCGUGCCAGGCUCCCCCUACCUGCACGGCAGCGACACCACCACGGAGCUGCCGUACAAAGUCCUAACGGCGCACGGGCUGAGCCGACGCAGCGGCGGCGUCCUCCGCUACCUGAAGACGGCGCUCAACGACAGCGUGGUGGUCGCUCCAUUCAGCCCCGGACCGCUGCCGCAUUUCAGGCUGCCCAAGAGUCGAAGGCAGUACCGCGAGGACAGUGACGGCGACAACAUCACGGGAGAAGACGACGCGGAUCCAGAGCUGGACCCGAGCUGACUCCAGCGCCUGGCGAUACUGCGCCAAUAUAGUCUGUUGUUACCCGUUGUGUUAUUUGCAUACCUCUUA